AUGAGUUUCCCGGACAUGCCUUUGCAGCCCUUUUUACGGGAAGCACAGACACACGCACUUCAGUUGCAGAGGCUGAGGGUCCCUCCUCCUGGAGCAGAGUUGCGUGGGUGGGUGGAGUACAAACUCUUGUGGGAAGACUUAAAGCCCACAUGCCUCGAAUUCCCUCCACACUUGUUUUCAGACAUCAUGCCAGCACUGAGGCUCCUCUGUUUCCCAGCCAUGCCGUGCAGAGUCAUGCUGCUGUGGAUUUGUGUUUGCAUCUUUCUUCCAGCUCAGGCCCAAGGAGCUCUGGUGGUUUCUCGCAGAGAUGAUCCGACACAGGAAACCAAAGAAGCUAUGGGCCCCAGGUCAAUAAAGAAAAGAAGCACAAACCCUGCAAAUAUGGUGGAGGUAUACAGCGUGAAGGUGGACUGCACUGUGACGUUGCGCUUCGCCCACACCGUCAUAACCUCCAAGGCUCUGAACAAAGCAAACUCCUCCCAGGAAAUCUUCUUCGAGGUGGAGCUGCCCAAAACCGCCUUCAUCGCCAACUUCAGCAUGGAAAUCGAUGGUCAGAUGUAUGUCGGAGAUGUAAAGGAGAAAGAGAAAGCCAAGAAACAGUAUGAGAAGGCUGUUUCCUCUGGACAGACUGCUGGACUGGUGAAGGCUUCAGGAAGAAAGAUGGAGAAGUUUUCAGUUUCUGUCAACAUCGCCGCCAACAGCAGCGUGACAUUCGUUCUGACCUAUGAGGAGCUCCUUCAGAGGAAACUGGGCCAGUAUGAGAUUCUGACCCGAGUUAAACCAGAACAACCGGUGCAGGAGUUCCAGAUUGUGACAAACAUCUAUGAGCCUCAGGGUAUUGCUUUUGUUGAGGCCACUGCGACCUUCCUCUCCAACGAGUUGCUUCCCCUGGUGGAGAAAACCGUCACAGACACAAAGGCACAUAUCUCUUUCUCUCCAACACUGGAUCAGCAGAGGAAAUGUCAGGGAUGUGAAGACACCAUAAUUGAAGGAGAUUUCAUCAUCAAGUAUGAUGUGAAACGCAAAAAGGGCCUCGGGGAAGUUCAGAUUGUGAACGGAUACUUUGUGCACUUCUUCGCUCCUCCUGACCUGCCCAGAGUUCCAAAGAACGUGGCCUUUGUGAUUGACAGGAGUGGAUCGAUGAGUGGUAAAAAGAUGGAACAGACCCGGGAUGCACUGGUUGCCAUUCUGAAUGACCUCCACGAAGAGGACCACUUUGCUCUUAUCGUGUUUGAUGAUGCAAUUACCCCCUGGAAGAACUAUCUUACCAAAGCUACAAAGACAAAUGUGACUGAAGCCAUUGCCUAUGUCAAGAAGAUAAGAGAUAAUGGAUCCACCAAUAUCAAUGAUGCUGUACUGAGGGCAGUGAGAAUGCUGAAGAAAGAGAGAACAAAUAUGGACCUGCCAGAGAGGAGUACAGAUAUGAUUAUUUUACUGACUGACGGGAUGCCAAACAGCGGGGAGUCAAGACUUCCAAAGAUUCAGGAGAAUGUGCGCUCUGCUAUCAACGGGAAUAUGUCUAUGUUCUGUCUUGGAUUUGGAAAUGAUGUGGACUACUCCUUCCUGGAUGUGAUGAGCAAACAAAACAAGGGAGUGGCCCGCAGGAUCUAUGAGGGUUCGGAUGCAGCUGUACAACUCCAGGGUUUCUAUGAGGAGGUGGCUAACCCUCUGCUCUUAGAGGUGGACCUGCGUUAUCCUGAUAAUGCAGUGGACUCCCUGACGACUAACCAGUACAGCCAGCUGUUUAACGGCUCAGAGAUCGUGGUGGCGGGUCGACUAACCGACAACAACCUGGACAACUUCAUGGUGGAAGUGUUCGCUCAGGGGUCUGAAGAAGACUUCAAGGAACAAGGAAACGCCAGUGAGAUAAACUUAGAUUUGAUCUAUCCUGACCAAGAGUACAUCUUUGGGAAUUUCUCUGAGCGUCUGUGGGCCUACCUCACCAUCCAGCAGCUCCUCCAGAACAGUGACAUUGGUACUGAGCAGGAUAAAGCGACUGGGAAUGCCAAGGCGAUGAACAUGUCUCUGCAAUACAGCUUUGUCACCCCUCUCACCUCCAUGGUAGUCACUAAGCCUGACACUGAGGAUGGACCAGACAGCCCUCUCAUUGCUGACAAACUGACUGAGGAUCAACGACAGAAAGCAGAAAGACUCAGAGGUUCUUCAGGCAAUAAGCACCGACCCCUUAGCUCUAUCCCCGUCCAAUCCUAUCUUCACACAUCCACUGCUAACAUUUUGGCUAGUGGCCAUACCGGUGCAAGUAGAGUCCGUGGCGGCAGUUUCCAGGGUAGCAGUUCCAGUGGUGGCAGUUCCCGUGGUAGCAGUUCCCGUGGUAGCAGUUCCCGUGGUGGCAGUCCCCGUGGUAGCAGUUCCCGUGGUGGCAGUUCCCGUGGUAGCAGUGCGGACGGGGAUCCUCAUUUCAUGAUAGAACUGCAAGACAGAGAUGAGGCUCUAUGCUUCAACAUCAACGACAAACCAGGAACUGUUUUCAACCUGGUCAGCGACCCAGUACCAGGCUUUGUGGUGAACGGCCAAAUUAUUGGCAAGAAGAAAAUUGACCCGCAUGGUAACAUCAAUACCUACUUUGGCCGUUUUGGUAUCAUCCACCAUAAGCUGGGGGUGAGGCUGGAGGUUAGCACGCAGGACAUCACAGUUUUCCAUGAAGGCAAGCAGAUCAAGCUGCUGUGGUCCGAUACAACCUCUAUCAAAGAAACCAAUAUGGACCUCAGGUUGACCAAGAACUGCAGCCUGACAGUGAAUCUGAAGCACUCGGUUAAAUUUGAGGUCAUUAGACACACAAAGGUUUGGAAGAAACCCCAAGACCAACAGGUCUACCUGGGUUUCUACAACCUGGACAGCCACCACCUGUCUGAAUAUGUUCAUGGUCUGCUAGGUCAGUUCUACCAUGGCGUUGGGUUUGAGUUGACAGACCUGCAUCCACAUAAGAACCCUAAGAAAAUAGAUGCCACCAUGUAUGUGAAGGGAGAAAUACUCAACGUUACCAGACACUGGCAGAAGGACUUCAGCAGGGAUGUGAAGAAUGGGAAAAAUAUUCCCUGCUGGUUUGUUAACAAUGAUGGAGCAGGACUCAUCGAUGGAGAAGCCUCUGACUACAUUGUGUCAGGGCUUUUUAAAGGCUGAUUUUUUUUAUGUUGAAGUUUAAAAUACCAGUAGCAAUGCACUGGGGCCAAAUUAUUAUGCUCAAGAGAUGCAGGUUAAAGUGAGCCACAGUGAGUGUUCAUUUAAAAAAUUGCACACAUGCUAAAACAAAUAUUAUAAAUCCCAGGAUCCUUACAUUCUUAUAUAGUGGCGAUACAAAAUAACAACUAUGAUUCCUGAACUCAUAAAAGACAUUACUUCCUAAAAACGACAAUGUGAAUGACAGUUUGUGCACUCUUUCAAUUUGUUUGAAAUAAUCUAGAAAUAUUAUGGUGCUUUCCAAUUUCAGGCUGUCAUAGAGUUAUAAGUCUGCAUCCCCAUCCCCAUACAAACCACACCAUUGCCUUUAAACUGAAUGUACCUUAUUGCAUGCAAAUGUGGGUAUCAAAGGUUAUCCAAAUAAGCUUUAAGACCAUGGCCACAACUCUACACAACUUGAUUUUGCCUCGAAAAAGUGGAAAUCUGUACACUGGUACGUGCAAAAACACAACCACAUUUUUUACUUUUGAACUCUCACUUUUGCCCUAUCUAGGCUUUUUGCCAACUUUGCACCACCAAAGAAUAUUAUCCUAUGGAUGAAUUUCUUGUGAUUUUAUUACUGAAAAUGUUCACACUGAAAACAUAUUUUAUCAUUUUAAAAAUUCAAAGGUAAAACCAACACAGCCGUUUCCGGCCACACGUUGUUACAUAUAUUUUUUAGAUGUUACAGGUUAUAUAAUGUAGACUUGAAAUUGGGUCUAUAAAACCAUAUAUUACCGUUGUUUUUUACUCUUACAACAAAAAUGUUUUGGACCUGUCUGUGAUGUGAUGACAAUAAAUGUACACACAGUA